UUUAAUAUAUUAUUUACAAUUUUGUGGUUUAUAUUAUGUAUUUUUAUAAUACUUUUAUGUUUUUUAGACAUAGUUAAUACACCAAAAUAAAAAAUAAUCACUCCGUAAUAAUAAAAUUUUGUUAUAUUUUUGACGUUGAUUUUGUAUAAUUUAUUGUUGAGGUAGAUUAUAUGAAAUAGUUUUUAAUCAAGUAAACAUAAUUUGUUAUACAUUAUUUUAGGAAAAUUCAUUAAUUAAACUAUAAAAGACAAGAAUACUAAAAGGUAGGUAAAUUUAUUACUUCAGUGCCAUAUGAUUGUAAAUAAUUUGAAAAAUUAAGGGUUAAUUUAUAAGUGUACUUCUGUUUUAAUAAAGUAGAUGAGAAGAAUCUCUCAUUACAUCUGUCAAUUUUUAAGUAAUUCAAUUUUUUUAAAAAAAAAAUUAAAACUUAAUUAAAGUAUUAAAUCUUCUUAAAAUGUUAAUAUUAUUUAGUUUAGAUAUUUAUUUGAGAAAUUUUGAUAACAGAAAAGCUCUUUAUUAUUACCUUUAUCCUUUGAAAUUUUAAAGUGAUGCUUAAUAAUCAAUCUCUAUCCAAAAUCUGAGGACAGCAAUUGAUACCUUAAUAAUUUUGUUACUCGUGACAGCCUUUCCAUUCACAUGAAUGCAUUGAUCUAAUUGAAUGUAACAAUUUAAUAUUAUCCAGAACAAACUUUAGUGGAAAUCUAUGUAUUUAUUGAUUAUUAAAAGCAUAUUGUACGUCAAAUUGCUGUAAGAUAAUAUUCAUGUGUCAGAAGAUAAUCAAACAAUGUUAUUCGAAAAGUACGUUGUAUCUGUGGGGCUAUUGAUUACGAUAUGGAAACAAAAAGUUGACUAUCAGCCCUUAUUUUUAUAUAUGGAUAACUAUAUUCGUAAACUAUACGUAGUUCCAUACUUUUUAGUCGUACUCUUCCGUUGCUCUUUACUUCUUCGGUUUACAUUGGAAAUGUAAAAGCUGUCGAAUUACUUCUUCUAUUUUUGCUAAUCAUCGAACUACAUUAUUGUCAAUUUCUAUGAUGUUUCUGUUGAAGUUAAUUAGCUUGUAGUAAGGUAUCUACGUGGAACAACUUCACUUGGACUUUUGUUUUCGCGAUCAACACAACUUGAACUGGUGGGCGAUAGCGAUAGUUUACACAAAGUUGGCACUGAUGGCAAAAGCACAACUGAUGGCAAAAGCACAACUGGUUACACAAAAUUCAACGUGGAUGAUUAAAAAUAAAUUAGGGGCCCUUGAUAGAAAACAAAAAAAAAAUUUGGUCCCCUUUCUGUAAUUAAAUUUGUAUGAUUUUGGGAUGGGUUUUGGGCCAUUGCACUGCUGGCCCCCCCUCUUGAGCCGGCUCUGUGGUCACGUAUUCUAUCUCGAUGAAAGGUCAAUAACAUGGUGUUCUCAGAAACAAAAGAUUGUGUGAAGCCAAAUUCAUGGCUGUUACAGAGACAAUGAAACAGACGAUUUGGUUACAGGAAGUACUCAGCGAGAUCGUGAAAAAAAUCAUACAAGAAAGUAACAAUACAGAUUGAUAAUAAGUCUUUGAUUGCACUUACUAAAAACCAUGUGUUUCACGGCCGGAGUAAAAACAUACUAGAAAGUUUCACUUCAUUAGAGAAUGAACAAGUUGAAGUGGAGUAUGUGUCCGAGAAUAAAUAGAGAGGAGUGAAAAUGAGUUUAAAACUUAAGGAGAAGAUUGUUGAAAUUAGCUUGAAAGAAGCUUGAGAAACAAGCUAUCCCAUCCCUAGUUGGUUUAUGAUCUAAAGAGAUAAGGAUGAUAAUGUUUGUGUGUUUACGAUUAGGAAUAGGAUUGCUAAUAUCUUUAUAUAAGCUAUGUCGAACAAUGGCAUAAGCUAUAAGUUGUGUGAUUUAUGUGAGCUUUAGUUUUUGAGAUAUUUUUUUAAAGCAUUGAAAUGAUUAGAAAGAAAGAGUGUUUCCUAUUUCGAUUCUUGAGUUCUGUAGUUUCGAUAACGUUUCGUCAUAUAGAAUGAUAAAUAGAUGUAAUGAUAAAUAGAAUGUGCAGGCGUGACACAAGCUUAUGUUUUACUACAUCAAGUGUAUGGCCUUGCCCUCAAACCUGAAACUGCUCGAAGCUCUGAACAAAGUUUAAAGGUGGAGAACGGAGUCAACUUUUAGUCCCACAAAUGUUAUAUCUAUUAUAACCGUCUUAGUUAAAGUUUUUCUCAAGGUUAUAUAACUGACGCAUAUAAAAAAAUCUCAUAAAUAGUCUGACCUUCAAGAACACACAUCAGUCGAUUUUAAAUAUGAUUAAUAAAGUAUUGGCCAUUUUUUUGUUGCAUUUCACAAGCAGAACAAGAGAAGCAUAUUAUCUUUACUUUUUGGCUUGCCUGCCGUAAUGUUACCCGAUAUCAGUGACAUUCUUCCUCGACUAAUCAGAUCUUGUUUUCAGACCAGUAAACUUUGUUCUCAGUUACGUCUUUUAUUAUAUUAAUUUUCUUUUGAUAGAGUUUGUUGUUUACUAAUCAACGCCACUAAUUUUGACAUGUAUAUAGAAGCUGUAGACGUUGCUGCAAACCACUGAAACAAGACAACUAAGGAUUUCGAUCACAUGGGUAAAGUCAAUUUGGCUUUUAGAUAUUUUUUUUGUACAUUUGCUGACAAUAGAAAAACAAAAACCAAAGUACGAAUAAAAUAAAAUAGUACAACAGAACAUCAAGAGGAAACAAAAUUGGAAAAGGGAAGACAACUAUGCAAUCGUACAUAUCAUAGUAUUUAUUUAUGGGAAAAUAAAAUUAUUAAGAACAUGGGUUUUGGUAUUCCUUUUUAUAUAUGUUACCAACCUACUUACAUUUGGUGUUUAGCGAUCCUUAACGGCUAGUCAGCUACUAACAAUAAUGCAAACAUCCGAAAAAUUACGUGCAAAAAUGAUAAGAUCAUGGUUGAUUUUCAGGUAUUGAUUCAUGAAACGACAUGUGAAUACCUCCCUCCACUGCUCCCAAAAUUAUGUAAAGCGGUGGAAUACGAACGCUUAGCCCGUAGAAGGAUAGAGAAGCAAGCACGUUUGAGUUCCACUUAUAGCCAUCAGAAGUGGCAUGUAAUGUAAUCUACCAUAUGUUCAUGAUCGUUCAAUAGUAUUACAUACAACCAUGAUUAACCCGAGGUUCUUGGAGUUAGAGUGGAGUUUUUAGCGGAAGUUAAAAAACUGUUUCUUAAUUUCCGCUAAGAACCCUAUCCUAAAAAUCCCGGAUUAAUCAUGCUCUAAGUUAUGCUCUAAGUUAUUCGGAAAGACAUCUUAUGAAGAUUAUUUGACCGUAUUAAUUUGCAUAUCAACCAACACGCACCAAAAGAUCUCCAAACCAAGAAUACAAAUAACUCCGAAAAUAUUCCAAUUCCAAAUAAAUAUAGUAAGCCAAAAUAUGUAAAAAUGAAGCGUCCCAGUAACCAUUUAUGUAAACUCCAGUAGUGACGUUCUACGCACAUCUAACUUUUUGUGGAAAAUAUAUUUUGCCAUUUUGACGAAUGCGGGGAAAACGACGACGCAUGGACCCCGACAAAGAUUUAGCCGACACUACAUCAAAUACUUACACGACGAUGAAAAACACACUCGUAUAGGCGGUGCAUCUCAUCAUAUACUUCGAAAAGAAGAAAUAUACAAACCAAGAUCUAUCUUCAUAUAUAUACACAUAUACAUAACUGGUCCAACAACUAUUAACUUCUCUACGAAAGAACAAAGGCAGACAAGAGAAAAGAGAAUGUCGUCGUCAAGGGAGCUACAAUACUUGGAAUACACAUACAGAAACAAUCGUCCCACGACGGGUCUCCUCAACUCCAUCUUCAUGACCACCGUCAACACGGCCGCUCGUUCUCUCGUCUCCGUCGCCACCACCGCCUCCACACCGGAGCUGGCUUCUAGGCGGUGGUCGGCUUCGGACCACCUCAGGUUCAUGUCUAUGAUGAUGGCGUGGCUAGCCCUUUGGGUUCUUAGGGUUUUCUUGGACUAUCUUCCUCUUCCUCUCAUCACUUCUUCUCCUUCUGCUUAUUCUGAUUCUUAUCAUCCCUUUAGUUUUGCUUCGGGUCUUCUUACCGCGGCGGCUGAGAAAGCGUUGGUACCGGCUUCCGCUCCCUCCUCGUCAUCAACGGCGUUGGUGAAGUAUUCAGGGUCGGCGGAUUUGGGUACGAUGGUUUGUGACGGCGUUGAUGUGCCUUCCGUUAACUCUCUCGGUAGAGCACUUUGUCACGCACUAGCGCUAAUGAACGAGAUUCCAGUAACCUCAAGAAAGUACCAAUUUGCCAUGGGAAUGGCUGAGAAGAUCAUGGAAGAGAACGCCCAGAGCUGCAACGUGGAACUACUUGACGUAAAUCGAGUGGCCCUCGCGUCUUCCUUUGCACGCACCACUGCGCGUUUACAUGACUCCUUGAAACGUUCUAGAACCGCAGACGAACCCGUUGGUGGUCUGCCUCUGCGUCUGGUCAGUGCCCUUCCUCUAGGAGGCUAUGUUGCCUCUUACGCGAGAGGGGUGAGCACGUGCAUCAACACGGUGAGGUCCUUGGCGGAUAUGACUGGUAACUUGUUAUCGCAGAGUAGGAGGAGGGAGUCUGCGUUGGUGAGAGCGGGUGGUUUUCAGGAGAAUGAGGUUGAACUGGCGGUGGAGAAGCUGGCGGAGGAGCUGUUGUGGAUGACGGAGAAACUUAGGCGUUAUGGUGCGGUGGAAGAAGGUAUAAAACGGUGGAGCUACGCUUCUGGAUUAGCUUCCUUGUCUCUUACGGCUGCUCCUAGAGUGCAAGGCCUCUUGGUUAAGAUUUCAGCGCUCUUAAUUGGUGAGAUGGCACGAGACAGUACAAAAGUUCCAGGACAAGUGAAGUUCAGGCUCCUUGCAAACUGGCUACCGUUGUUCAGUCACGCAAGGCUUGGGCUAGCGUUUCCCGUUCUGACAGGUUAUGAGAGGGUUGAGGUGGAACGAGCCAUAGACAAAGCGAUCUCGACAUUGCCUGCAUUAGACCAAGAGAUCUUACUCACAAACUGGCUCCAAGAUUUCUCAGUCUCCGCCACUGAGUGGCCCAAUCUCACCCCAGCGUACGACCGUUGGUGCAACUCCACUCGCCAGUUUGUCAUGUAGGCGACCAAUAUUAUAGUCGUUAAGUUCAUGUUCCAAAAAGGACAACAAACACAUGGAUGCGUCUCGUAAUACUUUUUGUGUCCAGAUAUUCAUCUUUAGGUAAUAAGACUAGUUUCAACCUAGUCAAAGAUUCAGACAUAAAACCAUGUCGAUGUAUUCCUCGAAUCUCAGAGGAACAUAGUCUAAGCUUAAAUGUUUUUUCUGGAAAAAAAAACAGAUCGAUUGUA